CAACACACACACGUUUUCUCAGAGAGAGAGAGAGAGAGAGAGAGAGAGAUGGCAGGAAUAGAGGAGUGCAAUGUUGUUGAGAAUCCACGACUUGUGGUGAGGAAAUUUCAGGCAAGGCCACAACAUGAAGGUGAUGGAGCAGUUGUUAGAAGAAGCAUUGGCAGGCUGGAGAUGAAGUACUUCGACCCUUUUCUUCUUUUGGAUGAAUUCUCAAUUACAGCUCCAGCCGGAUUUCCAGACCAUCCACAUAGAGGCUUCGAGACAGUGACAUACAUGUUACAGGGAGCUGUGACCCAUGAAGAUUUUGCGGGCCACAAGGGCACAAUCAAAGCCGAUGAUCUGCAAUGGAUGACGGCCGGAAGGGGGAUCGUGCAUUCAGAAAUGCCUGCAAGUGAUGGAACUCAAAGAGGGCUGCAGCUGUGGGUCAAUCUCUCUUCCAAAUAUAAAAUGAUUGAACCAAAAUAUCAAGAAUUACAGGGAAAGGACGCCGCAAAAGCUUCAAAAGAUGGCGUCGAAGUCCGAAUCAUCGCCGGAGAAGCGUUGGGAAUUCGAUCACCAGUCUAUACAAGAACACCAACCAUGUACUUAGACUUCACACUCAAACCAAAAGCUCAUCUCCAGCAACCUAUACCAUCUUCAUGGAAUUCAUUUGUCUACAUCCUAGAAGGUGAGGGUGUUUUUGGCAAUUCGAAAUCUUCCCCCACCAUGGCCCACCACAUUCUCCUCCUGGGACCCGGCGACGGGCUCGAAGCAUGGAACAACUCAUCCAAAAUCCUUAGGUUUGUGGUCAUUGGAGGAGAACCGUUGGGCGAGCCCAUGGUGCAAUUCGGGCCAUUUGUGAUGAACACACAGGAAGAGAUCGAUCGGACGAUCGAUGAUUAUCAGUACUGCAUCAACGGAUUCGAGAAGGCAAAACAAUGGCGAUCUGCGUCUGCCAUCGGGCUUGAUUUUUAGGUUUUAAUUGUAUAAUUUCAGCAUCUAUGGUUUGUUUUUGAAGUAUGAUAAGUAAUAUUUUGUUCAUUGUCUUUGAAAAUUCAAUAAAAGUUCAUGGAGAAUAACACAAGUAAUUAUAGGAA